GUGCCACACGAGUGGACGAUGAAGCAAACGAGGCAGACGGGCCCGAUUCAGAGGGAUCACAGGCGGCCCUAAGCGGACCAUCGAACUUUCCCACUGGUCUCCGUGGAUCGGGUCUGAGGUAGGUUCCUUUAAUUUGCAUUCGAGCCAUUUCCGGAACGUGCCCGUUCAUAUACGUACCAAUUUGAACUCAAAUGCUGCAGACCUCAGUGGUUACAGGCGUUGCGAUGAACAUAAUAUCUUUGUCUAUCUGAUAAACGAUGGGGCGUAGUUCAUUGAUAGUUCUGUGCUACAGGUCUACUUCUCGGCAAAGUCUCACCACAUCAGUCCGGCCUGGACAACAGACCGCGCGGUAUGUCAGUAGGACCCGUGAUACUCCCGAUUCAUAUGCGGAAUCCGAGGACGAAUCGGAAGCGACUCGCACGAAGCAAGAGGAAUCCAGCGAGGAUGAAUUCUUCCCCACCCGACUCGCACGGGUUCAAAAGUCCCGCAUCCGCCGCUAUCAUCCCUAUCGUAAUGCUUCAUCGUCUCGCACAUCGCGUGCUCCUUCCCCUUCACUUGUAUCUACCCGCACUGCCUCUCGCCCGCCUUCAGUUGCAUCGACCCGCACCGCCUCUCGCCCACCUUCCUCUGCUCCUCCUUCCCGUUCCGUCAGCCCUGAAUCAUAUGCUUCGCGUGCCCGAAACGAGCAGGUGUCUCUCGACCACCAGAAACUCGAAGCGCUCUUCCAGAAGUUCACUACGAGCCAAUCGACACAUUGUCCAGUCGGCUGUGGCUUCAAGCAGUCGAGCCGGCGUCUAGGGGAUAUGAAACGGCAUAUCAAGACACACUCUGCAGACGCUCGCAAUAUGUGGGUGUGUCGCGGCGUACCCGUCGCGCAAGCGAAACUAUUUGGGAUCAAGGCUGUAAAGCAUAUAUACACGAUCGAUGGAAUGGAGAUGACUGGCGGGUGUCAGAAAAGCUUCGCUCGGCGCGAUUCGCUCGAUAGGCAUGUGCGUAACAAGAAGAUCCCGUGCGUAGGUGAGGUCCUGCUUGAAGAUGAGGAAGAGCCACGCAAGAAGAAGAAAAACAAGUAGUCUGCAGACGUUUGUAACGCAUCGGUGUCGAACAUUGCAAUGACUUGUGUCGUUCGUUUCACACUCUCACGCGCUAGACAACCUCAAGUUUCGGUUCCUUAGGACGAACGUCUGUAGCAUCACAGUUUCCUCGUAUAUCAUGGUGUGCUGGAUUGUUGCAUUGAUUUUAUAUAUAUAUUAGCAAUAUCGAGCUAUCUCUCCACGCAAUUCAGCAUAUUGCAUA